UUAUUCAGAUGUUGAUUUUUUUUCCUCAUUGUUGAAUCGUGUGAUUCAGUUGUAGAGAAAAGUGAUUGCAUUCAUUCGUUCCAUCGAAUAAUUGAAAAACAAUGGCAUCAUUUUCAAAUUUUAUUAUCAUCAGUGUCGUUAUUUUGUUUUUAUUAUCACCGAAUUCGAUUGAAACAAGCUAUUCAUCACCAAAAUUACUUGAUCUACCAAAACGUAUUGAAUUGCAGGAAAAUUUUGAUCAUACGUUGGCCUGUAAUCUUGUUUCAGGCAUAAAGCCAGUCCGGUUUUAUUGGUCAAAAAAUGGUCAUAAAAUUUCCGAACAACAAUUUCAAAUGGAUCAAAGUAGCCAUUCUUCAAUGAUGAUAUUGAAAGAGAUAAAACGUAAUGAUUCUGGAAGGUAUACGUGUACGGCACAGAAUCAAUAUGGUAUGGAUUCAACUUCGACCGAAUUAUUUGUUCAAGUUCCACCUAGCUGGAUCAAAGAGCCGAAAGACGUGAAUCUACGUAUGGGUGAAGAAUAUUCCGUGGAAUGUUUGGCCGAUGGUCUACCGAAACCGAAAAUCAAUUGGAUUACACCGUCAGGUAAAACGAUCGAAAAUGAAAUUCUGGAUCUGAGUAAAUUGAUCAAAAAUGAAAAAAAUGGUCGACAAACAUUGACUUUCGAAUGUGUGGCUGAUAAUGGCAUCGGUGAGGCAUUACGGAAAAGUAUCACCAUCUCUUAUAAUGUACCGGCGAGAUUUGAUGAAAAAUACAGUUCAUUACAAGCGAAAAAAGGCGAUAUAAUUGUCAUGAAAUGCAACGCUACCGGUGAUCGACCGAUCACAAUACGUUGGACAAAAGAUGGAAUUAAAUUGGACCGGUUGAGUCAUCAUUAUGAAAUGACGGAUUUCUCCACCAGUCAAGGUGUCAUUUCUGAACUAUCAAUUCGACCGGUGCAGAAAAGUGAUGGCGCAAUAUAUAAAUGCGACGCUGAAAAUGAGCAUGGUCGUGAUGAUCGAACCAUAAAAUUAUCAGUGGUAGAAGAACCAAGUUCACCGGUUAACGUUAAAAUCAAUGAAGUAUGGUCACGUUCAGCCAGUGUUUCAUGGCGUCAUCCUCAGAAUGGUAAUUCACCUGUCAUCCGAUAUCUUAUACAUUAUUGGCGUCGACAAAGUGCUCCGCAUCGAUUGCAUGAAGUAAAUGUUAGCAGUUCGCAGACAUCGUAUUUGAUCAAAAAUCUCAAUCCUGGAUUGUCCUAUGAGUUGUCCGUUAUUGCCGAAAACGAGGUUGGACGUAGUCAACCAUCGGAAACGGUGCCAUUUUUUACUGGUGAAGAGGAACCAAGUGCACCACCGAAUGAUAUAAAUGUCGAACCAAAAGGACCGACUACAAUUCGGAUUACAUGGCGUGCACCACCAAAAGAAUUCUGGAAUGGCCUGAUCAAAGGUUAUUAUGUUGGUUUCCGAAAAGCCGACGAUACAAAUACAGCUUAUACAUUGAAAUCCAUUGAUUCCAAAUACACGGAAGCCAAUCAAAUCGAAAGUGAAGUUUAUGAAUAUUUUCUACGUGACCUAUUGCGUGGUACGGAGUAUGAAAUCGUUAUCAAAGCCUAUAAUAUGGCCGGUAGUGGACCACAAUCUCAUGUAUUACUGGCGCGUACUCUUGAUGGUGAUCUACCACCUGCACAACACCUAAUUGCAACGGAAACGACGACAAAUUCAAUUUCAUUACGAUGGCAUCAACGAGAUAAUCGGGAUUCGAUCAGCUCAAUCAUUAGCUAUACGUUACAAUCAAAAGAAGGUGAACCAAAAUGGCAUGAAAUACCAUUUAGUUCGUUGGCAACAUCAGCUCCAUCGAUCGAACAAUCAUCGAUGCCAAUCUAUACGCAUACAUUGGUCAAUCUGGAAAGUGGCACUAAUUAUCGAAUAUUUGUGACGGCUGUUAAUCGUUUCGGUUUCUCUGAUCCAAGUAAUAUUGUCAACACUAAAACUAUUGGAGAACGAUUGAAUUUCCAAGGAAAAUUGAUGAACCACUACUAUGAAAGUCCAUAUUAUAUGCAACCAGAAUUCACUAUUCCAAUACUGACUGCAUUCGUAAUCGUAGUCAUCAUUAUGGUCAUUGCAUAUGUCUGUGUCCGUCGUGCGAAACAUCGAGCAGCUGCCAGUAGUCUUAUCCUAGAGAGUGCAAGCAAACAAUUUACCGGAUAUAAUACGGCGCCAAGAUAUGCUGAUUUUGAUAAAGUCAGUGGCAAACCACUAAUAAUGACCGAACAAGGCAAUAUAUUUCCGACUGCAUAUGCUACAAUGCCACUGGAUGAAAAUAUGCAGCCAUGGACAGGAGAAAUGAAAAAAGAUUCGCAUAUUUAUGAUCAUCCGCAAUAACCAAUGGCUGUCAAACAAAUUCCACUUUUUUCUGUUUAUUAUGUCUCAAAAUAGUUGUCGAUUCAAUUGGAUUUCAUCUUGUGCCACGACGAAAGACACACAAACACACAUCGAAUACUCAAACUUUCUCAAAUAGAACAAAUACUCAAAUCCACACCCAAAAAACAAAAUAUUCUUGAACUAUAUACAAUAUUUUCUUUGGUCUAACUCUAUCUUCUGUCUGUAAUUCUGGAUUCUCUUUCUUAUUGACUGAUUCUCUAAUCUAGUUUUUUUUUGUUUCUGUUUCAAAUAGUCAAUACAAUUGAUCUCAUUCGAAUGCAUAACACACAUCUUGGCCUAAUUCCAUAUUUCAAACAUACAAUUCAAUCAGAUAGUCGUGAUUUUUUUUUGUUUUAAUUAUAAAAUGAAAUUUAAUUUAAUUAAAAUGAUUAAAAUGAUAA